GGCGGCCCGGGGCGCGCACCCGCCCGCCCGCCGCAGGCAGGGCCCGGGGGGCCGGCGGGCCGUGAGGGCUGGCCCCGGGGGGGAGCCUGGGCUGUGCCCCGGCCGCCGGCUCCGGCCAGGGGAGCACGUGUGAAGCGGGGCCGAGCGGAGGCGGCCCUGGGAUUUGGCACGUUUGCAAGGAGCACUCGAGAGCCCCGAGAUGGACGUGGAGGGCCCUGGGCGGUGACGUAAGGACUCGCACGGGCUCGGCUCGGCUCGCCAGCCGGCCCCCAUGUCCCCGGGGCCUGCGACGGCCCCGGCGGAGGGAGGCAGGGAGACGGCGGAGCCAGCAUGGAGCAGCGAGCAGGGCCACCAGAGCCGAGACCUGCAGGACCCACCACGCACCUGCAGCCCAAGGAGGGGACAUUGUGGAAGCUUCUUACCAUCCUCUCACUGCUGGCCGGGCUGGCCACGGGCACUCUGCAAACCCCACACUGCAAUGAGACGCUGGACACGGCCCCCACGCCGCGGGGCAUGGCCACCGCCAGCCCAGCUGUGGAGGAUGGCGUGGAGGUACCGCUCACCGCUGCCUGGAGCCAGCUGUACGGGGACAACAUGACGACGGGUGGCCCGGGCACCACAGAGCUGGUGGAGGACCUGCUGCUGCGUGCUGAGCGCUCACCGCCGGGGACCAGCAAAAACAAGAAGGGGUCAGGGAAACCCUUACGGGCAGCCCGUGGGCGCAACUGCCACAUCCGCAACCUGAUGGUGAAGGUGCGCGACCUGGGCUUGGGCUUCAACUCGGACGAGAUUGUGCUUUUCAAGUACUGCAGUGGGUCCUGCCACCGAGCACGCAGCAACUACGACCUGACGCUGGGCAGCCUGCUGCGGCAGCAGCUCAUCACCCCGGGGCCGCAGGAGCGGGUCCUCAGCCACCCCUGCUGCCGGCCCACCCGCUACGAGGCUGUCUCCUUCAUGGAUGUGCAGAACACAUGGCAGACGGUGGAGAAGCUCUCAGCAGCCGAAUGCAGAUGCAUUGGUUGAGGAGGGGGCCACCAGCUCAGCUCAGCCCUGGCUCGAUGCUUGGUGACAGACCCUAGUUUGCCACGCUCAGUUGCACCGGCGCUCAGAGGAAUGGUCUGGCAGAGGCUGGUGCCCCUGGUUUUACGUGGCCACGAGGGACGAAAUGGAGCCGUGACAGGGGAUGGGCAGCCAAGCCCCCUCCUGCUCGGUGCCAUGCAGCUGGUGCUGCCAGGGUCCUGCCUGGGUGCACCCCGGCUCGUUAACCCUGGGAGAGGAGCUGGAGCAGGUAUGGAGCAUCCCUGCUGCUGGCAGAGGCCUGCCAGCCCAGUGUCCGCCAGCAGUGCCCAGCUUGGCUGCACCCUGCUUGGACUGCUGCUCUGGCACUCCCUGCUUUAGGGUAGCCGGGUCCAAGUGUCACCCAAGCUUCAGAGUGGGACAGAAGAGGAGCAAAACCUCCUGUCCCCUCGGGCACCCUGGGGCUGGUGGUGGCCGGAGCUGCCCUGCAGGGCGGGAGCAUCCCCGAGGACAGGAGUGCAGCGGGGCCAGCCAAACCACACCAGCGCACAGGGUGGGGGACCUGCACCCACCGGGGCUGGUGGCAGCCCUCGGUGCUCCGGUGGGGCACAGGCACUCACGGGGACCCCUGCCCGGCUCCCAGGGGGGUGGCAGGGCCCCCCCGCAGCCCCCACCAUGCUGCGGCACUAAACUAUUUAUUACUCUAAAUUAUUUAUUUAUUGUUCUCGAGCGGCAGCUCCUAUUUAUGACUUUGGGCCCCCGGGGGCCGAGUUAAUUUAACCCCAGCGCUGCCGUGAAGCCCUGGGCAGCGCCCCGGCGCCCCGUGCCCCCCGCCCCCUUUUUCUAUUAUUUGUAAAAUGGGAGGGAUAAGCUCUAUUUUUGUACAGUCGCCUUUUCCCGUAGCAAUAAAGCGAUGG